UCAUCAAAAUGAGUAACAUGGCCACAGGAUGUCCUGUAACACCAGUGUAACUCACCUUGAUGCAUCUUCGCUGAAGCGGGCAGAACAAGUCCCGGUCCACCUACUGCCCUGUGAGAUUGAGCACAACGGGGUUGCCCAGGUCUCACAGUAUUUUACUGCUACCACAAAAGAUCAUAAACAAGAGAAGACGGUGUCCUUCAGAGGACGAGGGCUGAAGGGACAGGAGAUCAGCUGUCCACAGGGCUACACUGGUCUGGUGCUGAAGGAGGUCAACAAGCACGGCUCUGACCAAGAGGACAGGACAGUGAGGAUAUCCUCUGUGUUUAACAAACUGACUUACUGGAACCUGGAAACUCCUCCAACCUCAGAUGAUGCUGUGGUGAUGGCGAUGGACUGGCCUGAAGUGGCUGAGGCAAUUCAUGGAUCAGUAGAAGACUGAAGAAAGUGACGCCGCAGACAGAUCUCACCUUGGUUAUAAAGAUGUCAGAAAUUCUAGACUUUUGUGCUGCUUUUGCAAAUGAAUGUGUAACUAAUUGUUCAUAUUUUGAUAUGUUCUUUUGUAAAUAAAAACAAAACACAGACAGACUGGGAAAAGUAACUUUAUGAAAAAACAACAGCGUGUACAGUACAUGGCAUGUCCACAAGACUGUUUGUUCGCAAAGUCACGUUAAGUUCUGGACACACAACUACAAAAACCCUCUAAAGUCUAAAUAAUCACUUUGAGUAUUCAUUUUAAAACUCUUAAGCUUGUAUGCUAAUUUGAACACGUUUUACAGUCCAGAAAGUGUUUAAAAGUAUGAAAACAGUGGAGAACAUGAAAUAUUGAAGAGUCAUUCAGGCACAGUUCAACUUCUGAUUUGGACAUUUGAAAAAGCAGAAAAUGACACGAGUGUGUGCUUAAAAAAAGGUCAUGGGGAUUCAGUCAAAUUAACACUCCAGGAUUUGUAGAAAACCUGAAUUUAGUCACUGAACAUACUAACCUAACCAAAGUGAAAAAGGUGAACAGUUUCUGAAUCAGCUGAACAGGAACAGCAAUUUUUAACAGGUUUUUGUGUUGUUUUUUAGUCACCCAGGUGCAGCCUGAACAUGUAACGUCUCCCUCAUCUGAUACUUUUCACUGAGAAAAGACAAAAUGUGACAGGCAAAAACGACCCUAUGGCACGUUAAACACUGUAAACCUAAUAAAUGAAGUUUUGCAUCAAACAGAUAAAAGUAAAAGCUAAUAAAAUGUCUGUCAUAUGUAAGUAUUCAAAAAUUGUAUUUGUUGCCUGAAUGAGCGGCUUUGUUGAAUUUAUCCUUUAGAUUUUAAAUGUAAUUUGUUUGAAUCUGAUCUGGACUGUUGGUGCUGCUGCUUUCAGGCUCAUUGUUCCCUUAAAAUAAAGAUUUUAUUAUCUCACCUUGUUAAAAA